AAUUAUUUCUCCUAUAUAAAACCCACCACUCUUUCGUCUUUCCCCUCCUCACACUCACACUUUCAUUUCUCAUACAUUACUAUUACUAAAACCCUUCCAAAUAUUCAACACAAUACAAAUUUCAUUAUAUGGAUUCAUCAAAUUCAACAAACUCACCAAUCACCACAAUCCACCCAGACAUAAUCCAAUCACACAUCCUCACGCGUCUCGACGGCACAACUCUCACCUCCGCCGCCUCCACCACCUCCCACCUCCACAAUCUCUGCACUCAAAACCACCUCUGGCAAAAAAUCACCACCACCACGUGGCCUUCUCUCAACGAUACUCUAACCAAAUCUCUCAUCUCCACUUUCCCAAACUCUCACCGUUCCAUUUUCUCCGACUCUUUCCCCUCCAUCCAUUACUCCUCCGCUUCAACACCACCGGAUGAUUCUUCAUCGCCAUCACCGUUGAAAGAAUUGAUCUCCGCCGUUGAUUUAUACUAUAAGGGUAAACCCGUCUUUUCAAAAGUUCUCAAAACAGAAACACAUAAGGGAUGGUUUUUAUGUUCACCUUUAUGGAUUGAAAUUCUCGAACCAAACGAGAUUAUUCAAACGCAAAUAAAAUUCGACCAAAACGACGUCGUUGAAUGGCUUGAAAAUAAUUUAAGUUUAAGCUGGAUUAUUAUUUCACCGACACGUAAGCGUUCGGUGAAUUUGUCUAGCCGGUUACCGGUAACAGUUACACGUCAUUGGUUAACGGAUGAGUUAGAGGUUUUAUACGCUGUGGUUAUGGGAUUAGUGCAGUGCACGGUAAAGGUCACGUGUUGUGGUAAAUCUGGGGGUGAAAUGCACGUGAGGGAAGUGAGUUUAAGUAUGGAGGAUAUGUACGGAAGACAUUUGAUUGGGAGGGAUAGUUUGGGGAUUUUACAAGAAGUGAUGGAAAAUGGUGAGAGGAAGAAAGUGGAUGUUGAGAAAAUGAAGAGUGGAUUUGAGGAAUUUUGUUUGAUGAAGAGAGAGAAAAUAGAGAGAAAGUUGAAGAGAGAGAAAGUAAUUGAUAUGGUUAUUAUGGUAAUUGCAAUUUUUAUUUUUGCAUUUAUGUUUAGGUUUGUGAGGUUAUGGGUUUCAUCCAAAUGAGUUUAUUUGGGCUUUUGUUUUCUUGAGUUUCAUCCAAAUGAGGUUAUGGGUUUACUUGUACAAUGUAGGGGUUGGAAUAUGAAGUAUAGAAUUUAAAAGAGUUUAGGACAAACACAUAAAAGAAAAAAGAGGAAGGGGAUAUAUACAAUUCAACGAUAUAUAUGUUUGGUUAAAAAAAUGUAUUUGUGAGUGAGAAAUUAAUGUUUGUUUGAUUCA